GCAGGCUGACACCCCCUUCUUCCCAAAACAGCAACCAGUUACUUUUUCCACAGUUUUUUUUUUGCUAAGGUUCUGUAAUGUAGGUCGUCGUGCUGCAACUAAGCGGUUAAAAAGUUUAAAGGAAUGGAGAAUUUCUCAUAGCCUGCCUAUGCUAAUAGUCAUAGCUUUCUGAAGGCAGCAGCUAUGUUUACAAGCGCGUGGCUAGCUAGCAAGCGUGCGGUCGGUCGUGAUGAGUAGAAGCGAGUGCGUGACCAGUCACCACGUUUCGUAGAUGGCUUGUUGUGGUUGACUGGGAGGGAUGUGUUCGCAUUCACUGUGCUCAUCACCGGGAAACCACAAUGAGUUUUUAAACCGUACCAGCUGAACGAACUUCGGAAAGAGAGAACUAGGGCAUCACAUCCGCACAGAAACGGAGCGCAGCCCAGGUCCGAUGACUUCAUUACAGCGUGCAGUGAACAGGGUGGCUUGUCACGUUAGUUCACUCCUUGACAACUAGAACUAGCUACUGCUGCUGACCCACUUGGCAAAUGGGAUUGAAUGGCUUAGUCUGUGCAUCUGCCUUUUAAUUUUCUGGCUAUUGGUCGUGCAAACGAGCAAGCUAACGUGGACUACGGAAGUGACCAGGACGUUUUGUGCGAGAAAUUUUGUCAUCAUGGGAGAUAACGGAGACGUGAACGCUAACCAAAAUUGCCAUGCUACCGGAGACCCUCAGCUGGAUAAAGCCAUUUACCAGUGGAUCAACUGGGACCGGAACCCCCUGACGCGUGGCCAGAUUGAGUCUCUGGCGCGGGAGCGUGAUGUGGUGGAGCUGCGGAAGCGCCUGUGCUCCAGGAUGGCGUUCGGCACGGCAGGCCUCAGGGCCGCCAUGGGGGCCGGCUUCUCACGCAUCAACGACCUCACUGUCAUCCAGUCCACACAGGGUAUGUACAAGUACCUCUCCAAGGUUUUCCCUGACUUUGGGAGCAGGGGACUGGUGAUUGGCUACGACACACGAGCACAGGAGGCCAGUGGCUGCACCAGCGAACGACUUGCAAGGUUGACUGCAGCUGUUAUGCUUUGUAAAGAUAUCCCCGUUUAUCUCUUUUCUACAUAUGUGCCUACCCCCUAUGUGCCCUAUGCUGUGAAGAAGCUGGGAGCUGCCGCUGGGGUCAUGGUCACCGCCUCACAUAACCGCAAAGAAGACAAUGGAUACAAGGUGUACUGGCACAACGGGGCCCAGAUCUCGUCCCCUCACGACAAGGAGAUCCUGCGCUGCAUUGAGGAGAGCACGGAGCCGUGGGCCGAGAGCUGGAACGAGGCCCUGGUUGACAGCAGCCCCCUGCGCCGGGACCCCCUGGCCACCAUCUCACGCCUCUACAACGAGGAGCUCAGCACUGUCUGCUUCCACAGAGAGCUGAACGGCCAGUCUCCUCUCAAGUUUGUGCACUCCUCGUUCCACGGCGUGGGCCAUAACUACGUGCAGCAGGCGUUCCAGGCGUGUGGCUUCCCCCCGCCCAUCGCCGUCCCCGAGCAGAGGGACCCCGACCCCAACUUCUCCACCGUCAGCUGCCCCAACCCGGAGGAAGGAGCCUCCGUCCUGGAGCUUUCCAUUCGCCUGGCGGAGAGAGAGGGGGCCAGGAUCGUCUUGGCAACUGAUCCUGAUGCUGACCGCUUGGCCGUGGCCGAGAUGAGUGACAAGUGUGAGUGGAAAGUGUUCACGGGGAACGAGCUUGCCGCCCUGCUGGGCUGGUGGAUGCUGUACAACUGGAAGGAGACGCACCCGGACCCCUCGGACACCGACAAGGUCUACAUGCUGGCCACCACCGUCUCCUCCAAGGUCCUCAAGGCCUUCGCACAGAUGGAGGGCUUUCACUUUGAGGAGACCUUACCUGGCUUCAAGUGGAUCGGAAAUAAAAUUCACGAGCUGGAAAAAACGGGGAACGAGGUCAUCUUUUCUUUCGAGGAGUCUAUUGGGUUCCUGUGUGGCGGGAUGGUGCCCGAUAAGGAUGGUGUGAGUGCUGCAGUGGUAGUGGCAGAGAUGGCUGCCUACCUCCACACCAAAAACCUCACCCUCAACCAGCAGCUGCAGAACAUUUUUGAAAUAUAUGGUUAUCAUAUUUCCACAACGUCCUACGUCAUUUGCAAUGACCCCCCAACAGUCAAAAAAAUAUUUUCCCGCAUUCGGAACUUUGAGGGCGAAAACGUGUACCCAAAGUCUUGCGGAGGGCACAACAUCAUAAACAUCAGAGAUGUCACCACAGGCUAUGACAGCAGCCAGCCAGACCAAAAAUGUGUGCUUCCUGUGUCUAAGAGCAGUCAGAUGGUCACCUUCACCUUGCAGAACGGCAUCGUGGCCACACUGAGGACCAGCGGCACCGAGCCCAAGAUCAAGUACUACACAGAGUUCUGCGCACCGCCCGGAAAGAGUGACAUCACACAUCUGGAAGACGAGCUGAAAAAAGUGACCUGUGCUCUCGUUGAGGAGUUUCUCGAACCCGACAAGAAUAAUCUGAUUCGACGAAAGGUCUAGCUGUGACACCUGCCCCCUUUCUUCAGCCUGUCAAAAAAAAAACACGCACUCCCUGUGUCCCCUCACCCCUACACCACCCCCAGCCUGUCUCAUCAGUUGCUCCUGUAUCGGGAGCAUCGUCUGUGUGUGCAGUCUGCGGACAUCCUAUUGAAUGUACCUCACUGUGAAAGUCACUCUUCACUUUAUGAACUUCUGAUUGGUCGACAGCUUUCUUUUUUUGGACCUCUGCCUAGUUGUUCGUUCUGCUGCUACUGUACGUCGGUGUGUAGACGCAGUACCUACCGUAUGUCUAGGAGUACAAGUGCCCAUCACCAUUCAAAAGCAUGGGCUGCAGCUUGCUCAGAGUGUGUAUGAAAUCUAUAUGCAGCCUUUUUUUGUUUUCUGUACUGAGACAUCAUUUGUCUCAUGCACGUGUCUGCACUUGUCCUUUGCGUCUGAUGCAUUAAGGUAUUUAGUAUGUGUUUGAUAAUCUGAUGGUUGGUAUUUAACCCACAUACCCACUCCCAUCCAGGGCUGAACUAGCCAUCUGGCAUAGCGGGCAUUUCCCGGUGGGCCCCGCUCACCCUCGUGGGCCCCUAUUUUCAAAAAUGGGGCCCUAUUUCUCCCCCAGUCUAGCCCUGCUCCCAUCCAACCCACUCCAGCAAGGCAGGCAGGCAGGCAUGCAGGCAGGCUUGUUGCAGCAUGUACAUAAACACCAUGUGCAAUGCCAGCACGUGUGGAUGUAUAUAUUUAUAGCACUUUCUCUCUGGUGUAUCAUGCUGCAUGCGUACCGUACCGUGCUGUGGUGUGGUGUGAUACGGUGUGUAGGUUUCUCAUGCAUUACACAGUGUGGUAUUUCACCUGUCUGCGAUACUAAGCGAACCACACCUCACACCCCCUGACCUGCCCAAAUCCACCUCCCCUUAGUCAUGUGUCUUGUGUCUUCGAGUGACAAUCAGGGAGCUACAGUAGCUGUUCACUAGUGACGUGUAGAAUCACUGUGAGCGCAACAGGGUCUGAGCAGUACAGGGUGACUAUGAAUACAGGCAAUGUGGCGCUGGCUUAUUAUGCUGCUUACAUGGGCGUUCAUUGGUGCAUAAUGUGGCAUGUUCUGGAGUCGACUGGGACUCUCUGCGAGGAGUGCAUGUAUGAAACGGUCUGCAAUUCAAUUGAUUGUGAACUUAUUGAGACAGUGAUGCGCGUCUAUAGAAAGCAACGCAUAUAUGCCUGUGAGUGCCGUACCAUUCAACACUUUUCUUAUUUGUUCUUGGCUGUUGAAAGUUCAGCUCUUACCAAAACAGUUGUGUUAAUUGUGUACCUAUUGAAGUUGAAAUACCACAAGGAAAAUAAGUUUGCUGCUGAACCGCAUAACCCAAAGCUUUUGUUUUUUAUUUUAGGUUUAAAGCAGAAACCGGUUAUUACAUUGUGACUUUGCCAUGUUAAUGCGCAAUGUGCAAUGGUGUACUUUAUUCUUGUUAAGCUUCACCGAUAUUUAGAUAUUAUAAUCCAUUUCAUUGGCUCAUAAAGUCUGUAGUCUUGUUAUCUUGUCUUGUUUUUGUAUUUGUGUUGGCUUUUUCUCAGUACUUUGUAGCCGAACGUGUAUCCAUCCUAGAACACUGUGUAUAUUAUAGUUGUCAGUAUUAGUUAUCACUAGAACUUAAAAGCUUUCUAUGCUGUUUCCGUUGCUGUUGUACAAUGCCGUUUUUUAAGUUCAAUUUUGUUUUGUCUUACCAUGAUAUCUUGAUGAUCAGGAUAAAUGUUAAUGUGGUUUUAUUUUCCUAGCAUAAGAUGAUGUAACCACCAAAAUACAUUGUUUAUAGUGACAUGAAUUUCAGAAUUUGAUGUAAUGGCAGAACUUAAUAUGAACCAAACAAACAAAAAAAAUCCAGUAUGACUGGUGACCAUGAGAAAUUUAGAAGAGCGUAUAUAUUUUUUCAAUUAUAUUUUUCGAAUAUAGACAUGAAAAUACAAAUGCAAAGACAUUUGAGAGAAAGUUGGGAAUACAUUGUUGAUUUAUGUUUUCAGUUUGAAUAUUUAUUUUCUGUGUUUACAGUAAAACAUUCAAUGCUAAGUCAC